GAAAUGGACGACGACACCCCGGGUGGGAAAACGAGGUAUCUAGUAAUGGGGCACAUCCCAUUCUCGAGGAGGAUCGGAGAAUCUAUUUCGGAGCGUGCUCGAGAGGAUCGAAGGGACCGGCAAACGGAGCGUAAGGGGAUCGGACAAGCGAGUCAGUGCCACCGGUUUCGGCUGGGCCACUGACGCUCGUGAAGUGGAUUAAUGGUGGCGAUUAAAACAAACGAUCGUUUAAGAGCGGGCCACGAUCGCAGAGAUCGGAAACGGAUAGCCGCUCAAAACAUCUCACUCGGCCCAUAGAUCACCCGGGUAGGAUCCUCCAUGCUGGGCCCGGCGAGCAUCCCGCCGAUGCCGGGCUCGGCAGGGUACCAAAUGGUUCACCACUCGUCAAGGGACAAAUGGGCCCUUGAGAAAACCACGGUUCUUCGCAGAUUUCCCCAGCCGUUCCGCAUCUUCGAGUUUACCACAACUUCCAUUCGUGACAAGACAUCACUUUUUCUUGAACGCGCCGACCAGAAUCGCCGCAAAUGGUCGAACACUCGUCGAAAGGUUAAAAUUGCAGCAUCGCAUCUUCCCCUGGAAGCCGUGCUCCGCUUCGCUUCGUCAUCGCUCAUCGAGUCUCGGGAGGGAUUCCCAGGGAGUGAAUUUCUUGGUGGGUAAUUCGUUCUUUGAUUCUCCCAAUGGUUCGAAACGGAAAGAAAAGGAUCGGACUGUCUCUGAGAACGGUAGACCGGCCAGAGUGAUCAUCGGCUUAGAACGGCUCAGCCACGAUAAUUAUACUUGUUACGGGUGCCUCAU